UCAUUGUUGGUAAAUUAUUCGGUAAACAUCUCCUGACCCGGAUUCACUCGUAACCAGGCGGAGCUAAAGCAAAGCAGCACCGCACAGCACAUAAAUGACCCUUGGCGACAAAAAAUAAAGGAGAAGAGGUUAGAGAAGGGGAGAGAGAGAGAGAUAGAGAUUCAUGACAGAGCCAAGAAGAUUGAGAGGUCACAAAGCCACUGCCACUUGUUGCAUCGCCUCACGUGACCGUUCUGGUGUCGUCGCCACCGCCGGGGAGGAUGGUUGCGUCUGCUUGUUUGAUAUGCGAUGCAAAGACGCACAGCAUAUUGCUGAAGUUGCACAGGAACCUAUUUCUUCCUUGUCUUUCAAGCCUGGGAAUGAAGAUAUCAUGUAUGUUUCCAGUGGAAAUGCAGUAAAGUGUUUUGAUUUGCAUAAUAUGGCUAGUCCGUGGACGCCAUUCAAGAGCUAUUCCUAUAACAAGGAGGAAAUAAAUCAGAUUUCAUGCAACUCUAAGGCAGCUUUUCUUGCUUGUACAGAUGAUGGUGGCGAUGUUAAGAUUAUUGACAUUCGCCAGCAUUGCCUUUAUAAAACUCUGAGAUCUGGCCAUUCAAGUAUUUGCAGCAGUGUGCAAUUCAUUCCAUGGAGAUCUUGGGAAGUCAUUACUGGAGGUCUUGACUCAAAGCUUGUCAUGUGGGACUUCUCCAAAGGGCGCCCAGUCAAAAUUGUGGAUUUUGGUUUGCCUGACAUAAAGAACGGUAGCAAUGGGGCACAAUGUUUGAAUCCUGCAUUUGUUCAUGCAAUAGCAGUUCCAGAUGUUGAUAUGUUGGAUAAAUCUGAUAAAAUAUGUGUUGUGGCUAGAGGUGAUGGUAUUGUUGAUGUAAUAAAUAUUGAAUCAGAGCUUGCAGUUAUUAGAUCAAAAACUUCCGCAAAAGCACGGAAAGGAUCUUCAUCAACAUCUAAAGAUGGCGUUCCAGCUGCAGGUACAGGAACUCUUGAUGAAAAUGCAAGAAAAAGGUUACAUUUGGAUUACUCUGUGGGCGGCCAUGCUGCUGCUGUAUCCUGUGUCACAUUUUCACUGUUUGGGGAGAAGGGGAAGUUGAUAAUAUCAGGUGGGAAUGAUAAGUCUGUGAAAGUCUGGGAUUGCUCCAAAUAUGAUGAUGCAGUGCAGACUGGUGGCAACAGUGAUGUUCUUCGUCUUAACAUUAAUUUGAGCAAAAAGGUCAACUGGCUCUGUACCACUCCGACUGACUCAGAAAACCUUGUUGUUUGUGACACAACAAAAGUAGUAAAGGUCUAUUCUGUUUCUUAGUAUACAGCUAAAACAUCAAAGACUCCUGGAGAGCAUGCCUUAAUUCUGUUGCAGGAGAAGAUUGUUUCCUGUUUGUCUCAGUGUUGCGUCAAUUGCUUGGUUAUCCAAGGGCUGCCUUUUACAGUUUCAUCAUUUUGACCGAGGUAAAGCGCAUGAUACACCAGCCACCCCUUCCAAGGCACACCGGCAAACCCCUUGAUUUUUAGAGUUUUAAGCUUGUAUAAGUUGAGUCACAGGUUGAUGAACAGCUGUACAAAAUGGAAUUAUUAUGGUUCACAGGAUUUCUUCGCUGUUAUAUUUCUCAGAAUGAUUAUCGAACUGAAUGGAUAUCGUUGACUA